CACCCGUUCCUUGUGCGAGACUCGCUGCGGUGAGCGGUGGCGAGGAAUCUCAUCAUCAUCAUCACGUGCCGACGCGGACGGACGGACGGAGAUAUGAAGAUCUUCUGCCCGAUCUGCAAGUGGCUCGUGGUCAGCCUACCUGCCCUGGACGACCACAUGAAGCGGCACAGGGGGUGGACGGAGCCCGCUCUGUUCCAGUGCCCCCACUGCCCGUUCAACACGGACAAGCUAAACGUCUUCAUCGGCCACCAGGCGACGCACGACGCGCGCGAGUCGCACAAGUGCUCCGAGUGCGGCAAGGUGUUCAUCGACACCGAGGUCUUCCGCGAGCACCGGGCGGCGCACGCCCGGGAGAAGCCCUACAAGUGCACGAUGUGCGAACUUGCGUUCAACCGCUCGGAGGAUCUUCACGAGCACCAAAAGACUCACACCGGCGGCAAGCCCUACCACUGCACCGUCUGCGGGAUGGAGUUCACGCGCUCGGAGCACCUCCGCAACCACCAGAGGAUCCACACGGGCGAGAAGCCCUACGGGUGCGCCACGUGCGGAAAACGGUUCGCUCGCUCGGGGGCGCUUGUCAUUCACAACAGGAUCCACACGGGCGAGAAGCCGUACGUGUGCGCUGCGUGCGGCAAGGCGUUCACCGAGUCGGGGGCCCUGAGCGUGCACAGGAGGACCCACACGGGCGAGAGACCCUACAGGUGCACGGUGUGCGCGAAGGCGUUCGCAGAUCCGGGGACCCUCUCCACGCACAGCAGGAUCCACACGGGCGAGAGGCCGUACGCAUGCGCCGAGUGCGGCAAGGCGUUCGCUCGCUCCGACACGCUCGUCAACCACAAGAGGGUCCACACGGGAGAGAGGCCGUACACGUGCGCCGUGUGCUGGAAGGCCUUCGCCGAAUCGGGCGCGCUGAGCGCCCACAAGAAGAUCCACGCGAGGGAGAGCGCCUGCGACUGCGGUGAGGCGUCGACGCCGUCGGGCGGCUGCCCCGCCGCCGGAAGCGCGGACGCGGCGGGCGGAGGGAGCGUGACGAGGAGGAAGCGUCGCGAGUGCAUCGCGCGCAAGGGGGCGACGGCCGCCCUAGUGGAGCCGCCUGACUCUGGGGGUGAGCGUGCGACUUUCCCCGGAGAGGCGGCGGCGAGCCCUCCUCCUCUUCCUGCGCCCGCCGCGUCGGAAGAAGAAUGCCGGGAAAAGCCCGCCGGCUUCGUCGGGACGCGCCCGCGGGUAAUGAAGGCGGAGAGCAGAGGCGGAGACGCGUCCUCGGCGAAGGUGAAGGAGGAACGGGAAGGGAACGUCGGAGGCUUCGAGGCGUGGCCGGGGGUGAAGGUGGAGCCCGGUGGCGAGGUUGUUCCGUGCCGUCCCCCCUCCCUGCCGAUCGUGAAGCGGGAGCCUGAGGAUUGCCACGGGAGCGAGACGGAGCCGCGGGUAAAGUUGGAACACGGAGCUCAGGACUCCUCCGUCUCCCUGUUGAGUGUGAAGCAGGAACCGGAGGAAAUCCUCAGUUGAGACUCGGCUGAG